AUUGACGAACAAUCACUCGCGGAUCAUUUGGCAGAGCACGAAAAGGAAUUAAUUUUUGGGAAAGCGAAAUCAAGGCGUCCACUCAAAUUGGUGCAUUUGCAACAUCUAGCAAAUGCCAAUGCCGCUGAGGGAGCAACCAAAGUUGCUGAUGCUGGUAGCUCAAUGCAGUCAGAACCAAAACAACAACAGCACGAGAAUCAGCAGCAAGCACACAAAUCAUCGCAUCGUGUCAAACGUUCUGGCACCAGCGCCACCACAGAGCGUCAAAGCGGCGCCCAACCGCAAAUGCAGUCACCAGCGGGCGAAAAUGAGGAGGUUGUCUCUGUGCAAAUAAAAGACAACGAGCAAUCGGUGCACCUACAGCUACGCCAGACACCGAAACUAAUCGACGAUGCGUUUGUAUUCAUCCGACGCUACGCCAACUCGACGCAGUUCAUUGAGGAUUCGCAUAAAUUAGCGGAGCGGUAUGAGCGGUGCUUUUACAGUAAUGAAAAUUCAGCACUUGACCUUUGUGAUGAUGGAAAUGUGCGCGGUGUCUUCCAUCACAACUCCACUAACUAUAUAAUACAUCCAUUGCCGGCACGUUUUGGCAAUUCCACACAUGUAAUACUCGAAUCCAACUAUCACACAGCGUCCAAUCAACCCAAGGAGUCUGCCUCCAUGCCGCUGGCGGCAACGGUACUUAAUGCAAGCCUACAAUUUGAACCCGACGAAGAAGAUUUCAAUGAGUUAAGUGACUUCAAUUUGGUGCCCACUGUGAUUGAGGACACUUUACGGCCCGCACGUAACUCCGAUUAUGAACCCAAUGAAGAAAUCGAAGGAGAAACAUUACAUAACUACACAUAUCAUCACAAAAGCAGGGGCGAUAAAUCUAAAAAAUAUGUGGAAUUAAAUUUACGCUACAAGCCACGUUAUCAUCACAACAACGAACAGCAGCAGCACAACAGUCAUCAACGUCAUCAGCACCUGAAACAACUGCAACAACAGCAACACCAACAUCUACAUCAACAACUAACAAACAAACAGAAGUCGGAUAAACUGCAACAACGCCAAAGAAAACAAAAAGCACAUCAUCGCAAACAAUUUCAUGAAACACUGCCACCAUUAGCGCAUAGCAAUGUAACUCAUAAGAGCAACAACAACAACGACAACAGCGAAAAGGAUGAUAGCAAAACAAACAGGAAUUCCCAAAGUGAUGAUAAGCAAAAGCGACGUCGUCGUCGUCGUCGUCGCCGUUACAUCGCCUCUGGCAGUCCAAAAAUACCACAAGAUCUGUAUAUUGAGACGGCGAUCUUUGUUGAUCGUGAUCUCUUCAAGCAUAUGUCGAAGAAUUUUCCCGACAAUACUGAAAGUCAAAUGAUACGUUUCGUAUUGGCAAUGAUAAAUGCUGUGCAGCUGCUGUAUCAUGAUCGUUCGCUGGGGCGGCGCAUCAAUUUCGUACUGAAACGCUUGGAGAUACUUUACAAUGAUCCGGCAAACUUGCGGCGCUCCGAUGAUAUUGAUACGUAUUUGAGUAAUUUUUGUGAGUGGCAGCAACGUUUAAAUCCGCCAUCGGAUACCGACACAAUGCAUUAUGAUCACGCUGUGAUCUUGACAGGUCUCGAUUUGUAUGUGGUAGACAAAGGCGGUAAGAAGAUCAGUCAGGUGGUCGGUCUUGCGCCAGUGGCCGGCAUGUGCACCAACACAUCUUCAUGUACCAUCAACGAGGGCAAACAUUUCGAAAGUGUUUUCGUUGUGGCGCACGAGAUCGGACAUAACCUUGGUAUGCGUCACGAUACAAUAAACGAUCGAAAUUGUGAUCCCACACGGUAUAUAAUGUCGCCCACAUUGGGCAGUGGGAAGACCACUUGGUCGGAUUGUUCGCGUGAUUAUUUGGAGGCGUUUUUAAGAAAAGGACAAGGCAGCUGUCUCUUUGAUCACGGUCAAUUUACUAAUAAUUUAGAUCACUCCGCUGAAGGCAUACUACCCGGUGAGCGCUUUGAUGCCGAUCAACAAUGUAUGCUUAAAUAUGGACGCAAUUCGAUGCGUGCCAAAAAUCAAAAGCAAUCGGAUAUUUGCACAGAUUUGCAUUGUCAGCGAGAACGUUAUACUUGGACAUCACAUCCGGCGUUGGAGGGUACUGAAUGUGGGCAAAAUAUGUGGUGUCGCAGCGGUACUUGUGUGAUACGACCUGCAUUUAUAGAGCCCAAUCAUCCGGCGAAACAAGUCACAAACGCUGGCAAAGUGGGCUAUGAUAAAGCAAACUUCUUAGAGUCGAGUAAAAUGGGCCAUUUGCUACAUGAAUACAAUUACAAUAAGCCCGCGAGUUGGAGUGAUUGGAGUGAAGGAAGUGAAUGCGCCUCUGGUUGUCUUUAUGGACCCUCACGGCGAUUGCUCGAAGGCAGCACCGGACUGAGAACUUAUUCGCGAAGAUGCGUCGAUCACCGUAGACGUUGUAUGGGACGCAACGAUAAAUAUGAGGCGUGCAUAGCUAAGCAGUGCUACAGUUUAAAAAUCGUAAUGACAAUCGAUGAUUUUGCUAAUGACAAAUGUAGUCGCGCGCAAAAGUCCGAUGCAGAAUUGACGGGUGAAGGCGUGCAAAUUAUAGGCGAUAUUGAGGAAUCGUGCAAAGUAUAUUGCCGCACGAAAUCGAACGGCACUAAAACGCGACGCUGGACUUUCCCAGAUGGCACCACCUGCCGCUCAACGCUAUAUCGGGCCGAAGAUAUUUCCUAUUGCGUAGCGGGACGCUGCGAAAAGUUUUCCUGCGAUAAUUCUACACAAAACUAUUACAAAUUGGAUCCAAACUUUUGCCAGCAGCGGAAGCCACCAACGCGUGCAGAGGAGUCGGAGAGUCGCCGCUACAAUUCGGUGCAUGCAACCGCGGCUAGCAGUAAUAAUGUGAAUUAUAAAAAUUUGAAUAGCAACAACAAUAUACCAACCUACAAUAUAUACGCGCCAACAACAUAUCGCAGCAAAUACGAGAAUGAAGUGGCAGUUCGCAGUUUCCAUGGUCAGGAGCGUGAGCCACCCUACAAACGUAAAUCGGAUGCAUAUCAAGCGUGGAAUAAAUACAGCUAUCCGCUGCGUGACUCAGCGCAACCUGUAGCACAGCCACAGCCACCAAAACCGCCACCUCCCGUCUCUGCUUCGUUGGUAGCCGUGGAUACAGCAGCCUCGGAGCCAGAGUGGAUUGUCAAAUCGGGCUGUCACUCGAGCUGUAUGGCCAAAUCGAAGGGCAUUCAAGUGGUGACUUCCCGGCGCACCGGUGCCAACAACAUACAGCUAUGCACGCACGCCGCCAAGCCCUGUGAGCGUUUGCUGUCCGCCACCGAACACGCGGAACACACUUGCGCGCGCUACAAGCUAAAGGUGCGUGGCCUAUCCGGCUAUGGCACGCAAAUUGCAGCGAGUGUUGACGAGCCGGAUAGAAGUUGUCGUGUUGGUUGCCAAGAUGAAUUUAUAAAAUAUCGUUUCUAUUUGGUGAAUGGCCGGUAUGGACAUUUUCCGCUUGGCACUAAGUGUUCGAACACAGAGGAGCGUUACUGUGUCAAUGGCAAGUGUUUGGAAUUCGGCCCAGACAAUAUACCGUUACAGCAGUCACAUAUUAGUUUGGCCUUAUUUCGUAGUCGUCGGUCAUUGCCGGCGCAGGAGUCUUUGGCGGAUAGAAAGUUCGCGGAGUCCGCUGUACAUGGCGCGCGGCAGCGACGUAGUUAUCUCUACUUUGAUCCUGUUAAUAUUACGGAGACGAUUACACAAGAUUUUAUAAAUAACAUUGUUAGUAGCAUAAUGGAUAUUGAGCAGCAGCGUGUCGGAGAGGAAGCUCUCAUACGCGAUCACAUCGAAUUUAAUAAUCCUAUACACAUAUCAACAGAUGAAAAACCAAAUUGAACUGCGAGGGAGCAACAUAUAUUUAUUUUCUUGGAUUAAAGUGAACGAAAUUAAGGCGCAUAUUAAUUGUAGAAAUAUAAUAUAUGUACAUGCAUAUAUAUAUGUAUGUGUAUCUAUCAUAUGAAUAUUUAUUGUAUGUGAUGAAGUUGGCGUACGGAAAAGUUUUUGUAUUGAUUUUUCUUGUACGCUUUGUGCGCUAAAAUUAGUGAUAUUUUCAUUAGGCUUUUAAAACAAAUCAUAGCUUUCGAAUCGAUCUUAAGUUUUUAUCAGCGAUUAUAAGCAUUCAUGGCACACGCUGUAAAAUGUUUUUAUUGUCUGAAAAUGUAUAGGAUAUAUGUAAAUAAAUGAAUAAUAGAAA